CGGUUGUUCAAAUAGUUGUUAUACAACAAGGAUUAUGUUUCGUUUUGGGGAUGUAAAUACACAAUGUUUAAGUUCUACUUUUAAUUAUUAACUAUGAAAAUUUAAUCUCAUGAUAAGCAUGGAAACAGAAAUCAAUUGUUCCAAUAAUACUAACAGCAAUAAUAAUAAUGAACAUCAUUGUGGAUUAUUAUUAAAAAAAGAUUCCGUGAAAAUUCCCUCUCUUACAGCACUGUCUUCAAAUGAAAUAGAUUUACCCAUAAUUGAUAAUUGUAAUAAUAAUAACAAUAAUAAUACCAGUGAUAAUCGAAAUAGCACAUCAAGUGAAUUAAAAUUUAUGGAUGAAAGUACCUCAUCAUCCUCUUCAUCAAUAUGCGGUGUUGUCGAUGGUCCAGCACAACCACUACCACCAUCAUCAACAUCCUCGUCUAGUGGAGCAGUAGAAGGAGGGGCAGUUAUUACAGGAGGCGGAUUAUCUGAAUCUACAGGUGAUUUAACAAUUUCUGUCAGUAAAUCGUCUUCUUCAACAUUAUCAGCUCGUGAUCAUCAUCAUCAGCAUCCUCAGCAUUCUGCGGAUAGUAAUAUCCUAUUGCAUAAUGGAUUACCAAGUGUUGAAUCUUCUUUAUACCCUCAAUCAUUGUUGCAUAAGACAAAUCCAUUUUUUAUUCCUUCGAAAUCGAAUAAACCUGUCAGUGGUAGUGGCAGUGGAACGACGACGUCCCCACCACCACCACUAACAACAACAACAACAACCGCAGCAGCAGAAGCAACGACAUCAAAUUCAACAUUAUCGCAUACUUCACUGACAGAUUCUAAGCAAACACGAUUGCCAAGUAUUCAUAAAUCACGUAUACCUGUACCAAUUUCAACUGCUGAGACUGUUGGUUCAAUUGUAACACAGAAAUUGACAAUUAAAUCACAGAUUGGUGGUGGUAAUCAAGUCGCCAGGGGAUUGGCGGAUGUUGAUACACCUAAUCCAUCAACACCACCUGUGAAAUCAACCGCUGAAAAUGGUUACAUGAAUGAUAAAACUACUACUAAUAAUAAUGGUGAUAAUAAUAAUAAUAUCGAUAAUGAUGAUGAUAAUGUAUGUGUUAAAGUAAAAUCGAAGAGUACUCAUUCUUAUCCACCUCUUCCUCCACUUUCAUCAAAUCGUAUUGAUUCUCAUAAGACAAGUAAAGGAGGAGUCCCUUCGAAAUCCAACUCCUCCUCCUCCUCCUCACCAUCGUCAACAGGGACAAAUAUGAUGAAUGGUGUCAGUGAGAAUAUCACUUCAAUGUCAUAUCCAAUCAUCAAAUCUCCUGGUAAUCAUGAAGUAUGCAAUAUUGUCAAUUCUAUGGCUACCACUACUACUACUACUACUACAAAUAAUAAUAAUAAUAGUAAUAAUUAUAUGAACAAUACUGAUAGCUGUGUAAAAGAUCAUUUCACCUCAUCAAUCCAACAAUCGCCAUCAUCCUUAUCACCGCCGCCUUCACCAUCCGAUUCUGAAUCAUCUGACAGUGAAUCGACAACAGAAUCUAUUUAUCAUCAACCACCGAAAGCAGCUGAUCGUAGUGCUGCUUUUCGGCUAGCAAAACGAUUGUUUCAUUUAGAUGGAUUUCGGAUUACUGAUGUUGCUAAGCAUUUAUGUAAACGGAAUGAUUUUAGUCAACUUGUUGGCGAAGAGUUUGCAAGCUUUUUUAAUUUUACCAAUCAACGUUUAGAUGUUGCCUUGAGAACAUUUUUAAAUAGUUUUGCCUUGACUGGGGAAUCACAAGAAAGAGAACGUAUCCUGUUACACUUUUCAAGACGUUUUCAUGCUUGUAAUCCAAAUGUUUAUACGUCUGAAGAUGCAUGUCAUACUUUGGUCUGUGCACUAAUGCUACUCAAUACGGAUCUGCAUAGUCAAAGUGUUUCAAAGAAAAUGUCCUGUCAAGAAUUUAUUAAUAAUCUUAGUCAAAUAAACUGUGGUGAAAUCUACUGUAAAGAGGAUUUAAAAACUUUAUACAAUGCUAUCAAACAAGAACCAAUUCGUUGGCCACAUCAAUCCGAUGCAAAUAUGAUGGGAUUUGUUAAUUUCUAUUAUUCUGGUCCUGGUAAAUCUCUUGGUCCACCAGGUGCUGGUAUGCUGCCUGGUGGUGGUAUUCCUCCAGGUGGUGGUGGUGGUUUUUUCUCAACAACUACCAAUUUUUAUGCAAAUCUUCCACCACAAGCACAUUUUAUGUUUAGUCCACUACAGAACACAGCCUAUCCUCAUCCAUCCUCCUCGAUUAUCCUACCGCAUAUGUCCUGUCAGGCGGCGGGCAGUGAUCCGACUACUUUGUCAUUACCACCGAUGACAGCCACAACAACAGCAACAUCUCUUCAAUUUCCUUUUUCACCAGCAUCUUUCUAUUGGAAUCCCGGUAGUAGUGGAGGUGGCAUACCGUCUUCAAUGUAUCCUGAUGAUGGUUCUGCUGUUUCAGUGUUGAAUAAUGUUGUGAAUCCUAAUUUUAUGUACAGCAGUACUACUCCCGGUGAAUUGCUCCAACAACAGCAGCAGCAACAAUCACAGUUACAGUUGACUCAAGGAAAUCGUAAAUUAAACGAAUCUUCUGGUUUGAGUCCGUAUUUAGAUUUAACAUCAGAAAUUGGUGCCAAAGAAUACAUGCGUGGUUUACUGGCGCGUAAAUGGGUUAUGGAGUCAUAUAAGAAGAAAACCUCUGUUGGUCGACGUAGUUGGAAGUUAUAUUAUGCUCGUCUACGUGAUCUUGUCUUGUAUUUAUAUAAAAAUGUCAAUGUGGCUAAUGCAGCUGCCCGUGCUGAAGAAUUGCAUCAUCUGCACUAUCAACAACAACAACAACACCUGCAACAACAAAAUUAUGUACAACAACUCCUGUUACACCAACAACACCAACAACAACAGCAGUUUAUGAUGCUUCAACAACACCAGCAACAACAACAACAGUACCAUCUACAGAAAUCGACUUCUAUGAAUCAAGAAGAAGCAGACGAAGAUGGGGAUGGAGAAGGAGGAGAGGAUGAUGAACAUGUUGAUGACGAGAAUGCUGUUGGUCAUCGUUGUGAUGACAGUGUCGUUGGUGUUGGUGGCGAGAAUGACAAUCAUCGUACUGCUAUUAUUGCUGAUAAUAUUAACAAGAGUGAUGAGAAUAUUCGUGGUGACGACCAGUCUUCUUCGCAUGAAGGCAACGAUACUACUCAUUUGCCUAUGAGUACCGAUAAACAAUCCAUACAACAAACACUAUCGAUGGAUGAUGAUCAUCACAAUGGUGGUACUGCUGCUAUCGCUAAUGAGGGUAAAGAUGUUCCUCAUGAAAGUCAAUUCGAUACAAGUCCAUCGAAACAGUUGACUACUGUUUCCACAGAUAAUUCAAAUAAGGCAAUUGGUAAUGAAACAAGUAUAGAAACUACAACAUCAUCGAUAGGACAAACGUAUUCGUCAACGAAUUCAACUCCUACUCCCGCUGCUGCUGCUGUGACUGCAACAACUGGUCCUGCUAACACAACUACUCUGACUGCUACUCAGCCUCCUCAACUUCAGCCGCAUUCUUCUAUACCAAUGAUGACUGCUACUACUACACCCUCGUUUGUACCGCCUCCAAUUCCCCCACCAGAGACUAUCAUUCGUAUCGCUCAUGCUUAUGCUUGUCGAGCUACAGAUUAUGUGAAAAAAUCAAAUGUAUUCCGGCUAAGGACUAAAGAAGGCGCUGAAUUCCUUUUUGAAGUGAAUGAUGUAAAAGAAGUUGACCUAUGGAUUGAUCGUAUCAAUUUUGUUGCAGCUCUUCUAUCUGCACCAUCUUUAGCUUCAGCGGUCAGUUCAGAGAAGAAUUUUCAUCGGCCUCAUUUACCUGUCACAUAUACAAAAUUGAAUAUGCGUGAACAACUUGAAGAGCACCAAAAACGUCUGUUAGAAUUAGAUCAAGAAUUAACAGAUUUACGAUCACGUUUAUCGGCUACCUCUGUGAGUAAUAGUAGUAAUAAAAGUCGUAAAAUUUCAUCAACGCAACAAUCGUCUUUUGAUGAAACCACUAAACGCCAACAGCAGCCGCAACAACUACAAUCACAAUCGUCUUUAUCUAACGAAAAUUCGACACCUUCAGAAGGAGUCACGACCUCCACCAACUCUACAACAACAACGACGCCAACAAAUACCCUACCGAAUGCUGUGUCGACAGCUUCUACACUGUCGAAUACCACAACGACUACUAGUACAACGUCUACCUCAAUAGAAUCAACAAAAUCUGAUGAUAACAAUUCACCAACCUGUACACCUUCCUCAUUUAUGUCUGUCUUCUCGACAGGUAGUUUAGGCAGACGUAGAAAGGCGAGCAGUAGUUCAUUGACCAGUUCAUCCGAUGGUAGUGGUAGUGGUGGUGGUCUUAUCCUUAGUGCUAAACAACGUGCUGAAUAUGAAGAACGUAUUCAAUUCAUGGAGUCGGAAGUUCAAAGGUAUAAAACCUACGCUCGUUUGUUAGAAACUGAACUCUACCGGAUACAACAGUCUUCCUCUGUAGCUGCAGCGCACGCAGCGGCUUUAGCUGCGGCCGCUGCCGCCGCAGCAGCAUCUUCAAACUCUUUUGUUCCUUAUCUUGGAGGUGGUAGCGGCGGUUAUCCUAAUCCUAACUCGAAUACUAUGGGGAUUAAUCCAACAGCCUAUAACAACAACAGCAACAACAUCAGUGGAGGAAUACCAUCAACGAAUAUGAUGUUUUCUGGUCCGCCUAACAAUCUACAGCAACCUCUUCUGAAUCAGACAGCACCACCACCACCACCCCCAAUGUAUUUUGUUCCCGCUGGUGGUGGUGGUGGUGGUUUUCGUGAUCGAGGUGCCAACCGUGGGGCAUCAUCAGUAGUGAUGACACACUUAGCUGUAUUAGGUCCACAAGAUGCCUUAAGUGAAGAACCGGUACAGUCUACUGAUACUCCUACUGUGACUACUUCUAAUACGAGUGAAAUUGUCGAUUCUCUUGAGAUGACGACACCAGCACCACCAACACCGCUACAGUCUCAACCGUCGCCUUCAAUAGUCUACCCGGUGCAACCACAAUUACUUCCAAUGAUAAAUAAUAAUACUCCUGCAAGAUACAGGACAUUUAUAUCGCCUUAUUUUGGUCAACACCAGCAACAGAUGCCAUCGAUCAAUCCAUAUUCACCAUCUGUAAAUACUGGACGUUUUAUCCACAACACCAUCAACAAUCAAGGCGUCUACGUUUUCCUAGUCUACACUCUCAACAACUCCAACACCAGCAAAAUAAUCGUUUCGGAAAUAAUUUAAUAAUGAAUGGACAUCAACUAACUGAAGAAGAUGUCUUCUUGAUGAAUGAGAAGUGUUCAACGACGACGACGACUACUACUGCUACUACUACGGGAUCACUAGAUAAUUCACCAUUGACACAAUCUUCAUUACCAUCCUCGUCGACAUCUCCUAAUCCUGUUGGUGGUGUUUCCAUGAGUGAUAAUACCGCUGCUAAUGCUACUACUACCAGCACUACAACGACUUCUAUCCCUACUACUAAUAAUAAUAUCAGUAGUAAUAAUAGUCUUAAAUUAACCCAAAACUCUCAAUCAUCAUCAUCACCAUCAUCCAUGUGUUCAUCAAAUAAUCUCUUCUAUGAAAUUGUAUAACUUUGAUUUUAUAUGUCACACAGUUCAGUUCAAUUAAUAAUUACAAUAUUUAUAAGUGUAUAUGUAUAUGUGUAAUUUUUGUCAAAACCUCGUUGCCGCCUGUCCGCCUCGCCUCCGUCCCCUUCUGCUCUCCAUUUGUUCUUUAUUUUCUGACUUCCCACGCCUAAGGAUGAGGCUAUCACUACUUAAAUGAGUGGUGUUAGUUAGUAGUAUCUGAGAUCCUGUGUGUGACAUCUGAAUGCUCUGUGUGUCAACUAGUACUGUAUUCCUCCACCCUCAGAGGAGGUGUAGGUAUCCCUUCGUUUUGUGUGUGUGUGUGUGUGUGUG